AAUGCAUUAAAGAAUACUUAUCAAUGGAAGUCCAUAUCAUAGAUAAAUCUAUUAGAGACCUCGACUUUAAUCUUAAGAUCCAGGACGCAGAGUCUUGACGGAAAAUGAUACUAAAACUAAUAUUUCAAGAAAACUUACCAAAUUCGACUUUGAUUCUGUUUUAACUAUUAGAACAAGCAAAGGAAGUAAAAAAUUUAAACCACAACGCUUUGAAGUUAAACCUAUUGUAAAAUAUUUUAGCAAAAUUUAGAAAACAGAAGUUGAUUCAGAUUUAGAGACUUAUUAAAGAAUGAUUCUAGCUAAAUUAAAAGAAAAGAAUAUUCUACCUAAACAAAGAUCUUUAAGCAAUGCUACUCCAUAACAAAAAAGCUAAGAUCGCUAUGCUUCUUUAGACUCAUAAAAUAGAAUUAAGAAUAAAUAACCUUAGAAUAUACAUCCUAAGAUAUUAUGGGAUAUGUCAGAAGAAGAAUGGUAAUAAUUUGGUGAUCGUUUUCCAUAACACUUUGAAAAAAAGAAGCUACUUGGUAGAGGAGGAUUCUCUUUAGUAUGGUUAGGAGAACACAAAAAAACCAAAGAAAAAUUUGCUAUUAAAUAAAUUCUUUCUACCAAUACUCAUCAAUCUCAUAUGAAAGAAAUCUGGUUUGGAAUUCAUUUCUUCCAAGAUGGAUAACCAAAAAAACAAUUCAACAAUUUCCCAGGUUGCAAAAACUUAGUACGCUUUCUCACCUAUGAUAUCAAUCCAUAAGAUACUUGGAUCUUUUAAGAAAUAUGUGGAGAAAGUCUUGGAAAUCAACUUUAUGAUCUUAAAGGAAAGAAUGUAAAUAAUGAACGAAUGUAUAGAGUAAAUAUACUUCAUUCUAUUUUAGUUGACUCAUAAACCUCUUUAUGAUACUUUCAGAAAAGAUCUAACUGAACUUAAAAAACUCAUUCGAGAAUUGGCUUAGGCUCUAGAUCUAUUAUAAGAUUAAAAAAUUGUUCAUUCUGAUCUUAAAACUGAAAAUAUACUUUUAAAAAAAAUUAAAAACGAAAAUGAUCUACAUGAACUCACCUAAAUUAAAUUAAUUGAUUAUGGUAGUAGUUUUCCUUUUGAAGAUUUAAAGCAAUUCUCUAUGGCUACACCAGAGUAACUCAUAUUCAUUAUAUAUUAGAUACAUGUGUCCUGAAAUACUCAAUUAUAUCUUAUAUGAAAAUUAAAUGAAUUAUCGUCCUUGCUUAAUGAAAUAUUUAAGAAAUUAUAAAAAACCUUGGGUUAUUGAUGUUUGGUCUCUUGGUUGUGUUAUACUUGAGAUCAUAUCUGGAAUCCCAUUAUGGAUGAGUCUUAAAACUAUCAUUACCAAAAAUGGUAAAGAUGUAAUCGAUUAUGGACUAUUUGCUGUUAAAGGUAGAGUUUUUGAUAAAAUUAUUGAUCGUCAAAUGGAAGUUAUUUCAAAUUUAGAUAGCUAUAUUGAUAAAAAUUAUUCUGGUACUUAUUAUUUAUUAAUCAAAUUAGGAUUAAAAAUUGAUAAUUAAAUACGAUUUAUAUUAAAAGAAAUGUUAAAUAUAGAUCCAGACAAACGAUUAUCGCCAAAAUAAAUAGUUGAAUACUUAUCCACAAGAAAAGAACGCCUUACAACUCAAUGA